AUGCGGACAGAGUCCGACGAGCCUACUCAACCACGUACCGCUGCCGAAAUAUCUUGCCAACUGUGCAGGAGACGCAAGGUCAAGUGCGACCGCACUUUGCCGCACUGCCUCGUCUGCAUCCAGACGGAUCAGGUGUGCGAGUAUCCGCUGCGGCCCAAGAAGCCCGGACCCAAGAUUGGCUCUCUCCAACGGCACAGGAGACGGGACCGACACCGCGGCGGGUCAGACAGGGGCAGCGACCAUGGCCGUACCCGUACCCAUGCCAGCACUGCCAGGGGUGACAAAUGGGCGUCACGAUCGUCUAGAUCAGCCUCGGAUGCCGAAGGACGACAGGACGACAACGGCCGUAGUGUGAAUAACGCAGACGGCAACGUGGCCACCGACUCACCACAGGCGGACAUGACACCCGACAGGAGUCACCGCCCUGGCGUCACCAACACAGCCUCACCGACGGGCUCCACCAGCGACGAAUGGGCCCGGCGCCGCCGCAACUCGCGGCUCAACAUUAGCGACUUGUCGUUUAUCCUGCACCCCACGCACGAAGCGUCGACGCCGGACAACGAUGGUGAUGCUGUGCACGGACACAAUGGCAGCCCGGGACAACGGGCAGACCGGCUGUUCUCUGCCUCCCCCAUGGCCACCAUUCGCCCGCGCCCGGCGCCCUCCCCCCGAGCGUCUACACUCGUCCAGCAGGCCAGCCGUGCCCUCGGCGUCUCUGAGUCCGUGCUGCACGCGUCCCUCCAGAGCUACUUUGCCAACAUGGUCGCCAUCAACCUGUUCCACCAGCCGUCGUUUGGGGCCAAGCUGCGUGCCGUGGCCGCAGCCUCGCCGGUGCAGCUGCAUGCGUUGUUGGCGGCGAUGACGGCGUAUGCGGCGAGAUUCCUGCCAGAGACUACCGGCCAGGUCGUCAGCCAACCGCCACACCAGCCCACGCUCCCUCUGAGGGAGGGCAUCGACACGGACUGCAUCGACCCAACGAUGACGACACUGCCGGGGAUGAACGCCACAGCAAAAGCACGGACAAUGCCUCCACCGCCUCCUCCACCAGCCAUGCCCGAGCACUUCCUCGACCUGGCCCGCCGUUUCAUUGCACAAGCAUUGGACGACUGCGGCGACGACUCGCCCACGCUGGCGAUUCUGCAGGCCAGCAUCAUCUGCACGCACUGCGAGCUGACGUGUGGUGUGCACGGCCGGGCCUGGCGGUCGCUGGGGAUGUGUGUGCGGUUGGCGUAUGAGAUGAAUUUGCAUCUCGUGGAUGCGAGGUCGUCGUUGUCGUCGACGUCGACUUCGUCAUCCGCAACUUCGUGGCGUGACGCAGAAGAAAAGAGACGGGCGUGGUGGGCCAUUUGGGAGAUGGACGUGUUUGCGAGCACGAUCCGGCGGACACCGACGGCCGUGGACUGGACGCAGAUGGAGACGCUGCUGCCGGUCGACGAUACGGAUUGGUUUGCCGCGGCAAGGGACGACCAUUCGAGUGACGACAAUUCGAGCGAAGCGAGGACAAACGAAAAGACAAGAGACGAAACGAGCGGAGCGAGGACAACAGAAACAAGUGGAGCAAGGACACCACAAACACCACAAACAGCACGAACACAAAGCUGCUUCCUGGAACUGGACCCUGUUCGGCGGUGGAAGGCACUGCAGGCGUCCGGCAACCAGUCACCCAAGGCGUGGUUCCUCAUCAUCAACUCGCUGAUGAAGGACGCACGCGUCAUCUCGAGUCCGCGGGGUGUUCGCUUCCACGACGACCGGCAGGCCCGCACGACCAAAACGGCAACAGCGUCUUCGCCACGACGCAAAAUGACACGUCCCUCUGGCCCCAGUUCCGCGCAAGAGGCCCGCCAGACACUCGAGAUUCUGGCCAACUGCGUACAGUGCUUUGUACUGGCCCUUCCGGCUCACCUGCAGUACCGCAACCAGUUUCUCGGCUUUGGGGAGGGGACACCGGAUGUGCCCGUGUCUGUGUUUGCUAGCAUGUCCGGCGCAGCUGCGCCGCCGACUGCGUCGUCCUCAACGCCCCCCGCUGUCUCCACCCGCCAGCUGCACUGUGGCAUCUACAACAUCUACGUCAUGACCCAACUCACCCGCCUCAUGAUCCACCGCUACGAACUGUUUGGCGCUCAUACUCACGCCGGGACAGGCCAAAUACAUAUGCCCCUGAUGUCGUCGUCGGUCCUUCCGUAUUUUGAAGCCGCCGACAACAUAUUGACCAUUGUCAACCGCAGCUGCGAGGAGCACAUUCGCUACAUCAACCCGUUCUUGCUGAGCACCCUGUGGCUGGCGGCCGCCGUCCAGCUCGUGCGGCGCUAUGUGGCUGUGCCGCGACCUGGACGGGGACACCGCGAUCAAAGCGAUACUGGCAACGCCAACACCGCCACCUUGAUCAAGUCCCGCUUUGACGUGCUGUACCUAACAUACAAACGCGGUGCCGCGUUCUGGAAUGACCGUACGGCCAUGGAGCAGAACCUGGAGGCUUUGGAGGUACAGCUGGAAAAAAGCCAAGGGGGUGGGGUGGGAGAAGACGACGAGGGCCCUGACGGCGAGAACGAAAGCGAGGUUGAUGGUAUUGACGUCAGUGAGGUCGACGGAGAGAGCAGCCACGCAAAGCGACGAGCCAGUGACCGCAGCGGUGGCGAGGAGAAUGAUUACCAGGCGAAGAGGGCAAGGGUGACGAGGGCGAUGACGAAAAUUGCCAAGAAAAACACAAACAAAUGGCAAAAGAAAACGUCAACCCGUGGCAACGGGACGGGCCAUGCUUCGCAGCCAGGCUGGCAGACCUCCCACGAUGCCGGCCGGCCGUACACAUCGUGGACCAGCACGUGCCAGCCACAAAUGUCGCCAACCUCACUCAUCCCGGAGCCACUACAGCAAACACAAACACAGGCCCAGCACAAAGUAACCUUCGCCAUGGCACAUCCCAGUCUGCACGCGGCCCACCCACAGCAGCAACGACCGCCACCAACACCACGCUCGACAUACAGUGAUCCCACCGACGCCUCGUCGACAUUUGCCAAUGGUGACAUGAUGAACGGGGCGGUUGGCAGGCCCGCCGACAACACGACGGGCCGUCAACGUCGACCCACGGUCUCCUCUGUGGACGACUCCUUUCCAUUUGCGUCGCCUCUUGGACAGAACAGCACGGCGUCUGCAAAUGAAUACUCUCCGGCCAUGCUGCCUGAGAACAGCACGGACGCCGCCCAGGUCCAGUCACAGGCGCUCCUCGCGUUUAUGCAGCUGUCGGCAGGAAGAUAUGGUGGUCAUCACCAAGCACAGGGUGACCGUGACUCGUUUGUCGUCGAUACCCCGAGUUCUGCAGACGUCUCGAGCGUCCCGCUGUCCAUAAUCCAUCCAACUCCCUUUGAGCCCGAGUUGGGCAUCGACGACGUGCACCUGCAGCAGCAGGGAAGUAGUGAAGGAGGGGGGAGCAACAGCUUAGAAUGGCGCGGGCUGGACCUGCCCAUGGACAUCCACGACUUGCUGAGUGGUUUUUCUACGUAUUGA